AUGCCGAAACACAAGAAAUGGAUUGAUAAAAAACAUUGUAAAACAUUUCAUUUGAUUCAUCAAAAUCAAAAUGCUGAAUAUCGUGACGGUGAAUUUGUGCAACAGUUGGUUAGGAAAAAGCAUAUGGAAGAAUACGACAAGUAUGGCAUAUACUUUGAUGAUGACUACAAUUAUUUGCAGCAUUUGAAAGAAGUGAACGAGGUAACAGAAAGUGGAGUAGGACAGUCAAUUAUUAGAAUACCUGUGGAGAAAACAAAUCUUUUAACAAACAUAUUCGAAGCAAAUGGUUAUGAAAUCAAUGCUGAAUUACUGAAGAUGGGAACAUUACCGCAUGAAAUGCAAAUCGAUCCGCAUGUAGUUGCGGAAUUGACAAGUGAUGAUUUCGAAUUUGAAAACCCAACUGAUGACUUAGAUGAUGACUUCGUCUUGCAAGCCAAUGGUGGUGAAUUACCUGUGCUACCACCACCGAUAUCAAUUUCAUUGAGGAAGAACGAAUUUCGUGUGAAAGCUGUUCAUAGUGAUGACGAUAGCAAUGAAGAAAUGGAUUUCAAUUCGAGCUAUGAUGAUCACAAGUCGGAAAAAGAUAUUUUCGUCCAUAUAGAAAAUAAGGGUGGACUGAUUGAUGAACAGUUCGAUAAAUUAUAUGAGGAAUACAAUGAAACAGAAGAUGAAAAUGAGGAGGCAGAGGAGUUUCUUUUGGAUCCAAGCUCUGAUCGAAUGAAAAUGCUUGUGGAAGAUUUCAAAAAGAAAAGAGUGGAACUUGUUCUGCAAAAAGAUGUAUUGUCUCAUUGUUAUCCCGAAACAAAUGAUGAAGCGCUGGAGGUUGAUGAACAGAUGGAGAAGAUCACAAUAAUUUGUCCUAAAAAGAAAAAAAUCAAAUGGGAUUGCGAAACAGCUGUCUCCGCUUAUUCCAAUAUUUAUAAUCGGCCUGCUGUCAUUGUUGAUUCUUCACGUAAACAAAAAUUGAAAUCGGUUUUAAGGCAAAUCGAAAAAAUGGAUUAUUCAGUUCAAUCAGGAACUAAGUCAGCGAUUUCAAGGGUAUCCUCAGCAACGAUGAAAAGACGUGGGGAAACAGCGGAAGAGCGAAAAGCAAGGAAAGCAGCUAUUAAAAUGAUUCGAGCUGAGCGAAGAGCUGAAAAGAAAUGUAAUAAAUUAACAUUUAAAGAAGAGCGAAAGAAAGCGGCUUCAUGCUGCCAUGAUUGGGAUAGUGCGAUUGUUGCUACUCCAGAAGAAAUAAAUCUUGCUCAUCUUGGUCCAUUAUGGACCUACUUUGGUAAAAAAUCAGAGAAUGUUUCGAUUUUUCAUUCUCGUGAAUAUAUGCAGAAACGUGUGGGAAAGUUUAAGGAUAUUAAUUCAGAAAGAAUUUUCAACCACAAUUAUUCAUCUAUGACGGCUUGGCUCAAAGAAUAUGCUAUGAAAUAUCCAAACAUAACAUGGUUAUAUUCAAUUGGCGAAAGUCUGAGAAAUAAAACAUUAUGGGUAUUGGCUAUUUCAAGAACUCCGCGGACCCAUAGGCUUGGUGUUCCAGAAAUCAAAUAUGUCGCAAAUAUGCAUGGGAAUGAAGUUGUAGGCCGCGAAGCAAUGCUUUAUCUUAUUGCGUUAUUGUGUGAUAAUUACGGAAAGAACUGGUAUUUGACGAAUUUAGUAAAUAAUUUGAGAAUUCAUAUAAUGCCUUCAAUAAAUCCAGAUGGAUAUGAACUCGGUAAUGAAGGUGACCGUUCUGGGUUUACUGGUCGUUCAAAUGAUCAUGGUAUUGAUCUUAACCGGAAUUUUCCGGCACGUUUUCCCACACAUCGAGACAAAUCUGGAGGAAUUUUUCUCGAAAAGGAAACAAUAGCAGCAAUUAAGUGGUUCCGGCAGUAUCCAUUUGUCCUUUCUGCUAAUUUCCAUGGAGGUUCCUUAGUAGCUAAUUAUCCAUAUGAUGAUUCGACGACAGGGCAGGAUAACAUUUACUCGCCGACUGUAGAUGAUCGUCUUUUCGUAGCUUUAGCAUAUUCCUAUGCUCGAGCACAUUCUAAUAUGUGGAAAACCGGCCGAAGAUGUGGUUUGAAUAUUAACGGUGAUUUCUUUUUGAAUGGUAUCACAAAUGGUGCAUUCUGGUACCAUGUAGCUGGUGGGAUGCAAGAUUGGCAAUAUGUUAAUACAAACUGCUUGGAAAUUACCAUCGAAAUGGGUUGUUACAAAUUCCCUCAGAAGAACAUGUUGCCGCAACUGUGGGAUGAACACAAGUAUUCACUUCUUGCGUAUAUGGAGUAUGUGCAUCGAGGAAUAAGAGGGUUUGUGCUUGAUCAAAGGGGCCAUCCAGUCAAAAAUGCUGUAUUAUCAAUUAAUCAAGGGAAGAAUAUAACAACAACGGAUGAAGGCGAGUUCUGGCGGAUUCUCCUGCCUGGUAGAUACACGGUGUUGGUUAGUCACCGAAAGUACCUACCACAAAUUUUGAAUAUUACCGUUGAUGAAGGAUCUGCAAAACUUAUCAAUGUUACACUAGAACAAAAACUGUGCAGGGAAAACACAGUUGAUAGUAUUCGUGUGAGAGGAGAAGGGGCAGUACGUAUUGCGGUGUUUGGUGUCGAUUCAUUGGGGAAGUCUGUUGUUCAAGAAUUAGCAAAUGCUACCUGCUUACCGGAGGACUUGUUUGUUGAAAUACUUCAACAAUCUACUUUAUAUUUGUUCCCAUCGAUGUCGGCAGAACGUGCUCUUUAUCUGAAGGAUCAUGAAUUGGAUGUGCUGUUAUUGUUUGGACAAGGAAUACCAAAAUCAACUUUAUUUAGUGCUGGCAUCAAUACUCCCAGUCAGUUUGAUCAAAAAAAUUUUGAUGACAGCUUAAUGGUUGUACUGAAUAGUAAAACAAUUAGUUGCGUUAAUCAUAUGCUAGAUAAAGCGGUCUCAUCGAUGACUGAUGCAUUAAAUGUGGUAAAAACAUUUCAACUAGGUAUUUCGUUGGGUUGUGACUUCAGUGACCCACAAUUAACACUUACUGCUGUUGCUACUAUUUUACAGAUUAUAGUAAAUGUUUUUAUUGGUGUGAAAGAUCCUGUAACAGAAUAUUCGACCACUGAUUUGGGAGCUAGUUUAUUAGCAAAGGCAACCGAAGCAAGUGGUGCUAAUCUACAGCGUAUAGAAGAAGAGAAUUGUGCUUCGAUGAUCAACAUUGGUUUGAUGAAAGCUAUGGUAUUUGGUGAUGGUCGCAUGCCGUAUAUUCUUGUAAUGGCCAUUGAACAGAAAACAUCAUCAGUGGUUUAUGACUUUGCAGCGGAUCUUUGUUUAGAAUUGUUGCAAUACCGGAUUGUUCGUGAAGUACUGAAUACAUCAACGCUAAUUCUAAUUCCCAGCAUACCAUACACACAAUUGUACUGUCAUGAUUACAUGUCAGUGAUGCAGUUUAAACCAUUCAUUGAACAAGUUUUGGAUAUCUAUCCUCUUAUCGAUUAUGCUAUAUUAUUGGGUACAGGUGGGAUGAAAGUGCGUUACAGUGAUGUUUCCAGAACGGGAAGAACCAGAGAUUUGGCAUUAAAUUACAUUUCACAACAUACAGUAAUUAAACCAACUGGGAAUGAGAUGUGUAGCAGGAAUAAUUUUAUGCCAUUAUCGACUGUAAGUGAACUCCAAUGGGAUAUGGAGCAUUGGCAAAAGGCACCAGAUAUUCUGCUUGUGGAAGUAGCCUGUUGUUUUGAAGAAGGCGGAAAUCUUUACGCAGAAAAUAAGGCUUCAUUAUUAUCGACUAUUUCUAAGAGAGUGCAAGGUUUGUCGGGUACUAUCAAAGAAAUAGACGGUAAUCCAGUGAAAGCACCGGUGAAAUUAACUGUUGGCAGUCUCGUUUUUUAUACGAAACUCGAUGGCUGUUACUAUAUUUGGUUAUCUCCUGGAGUUCAUACCAUUGACGUACAUAAGAAGGGUUAUUAUCAGUAUACUUUUUCAGCUAAGAUUGUUUUAUCUAAGCAAGCUGUGCAUGACAUACUGUUAACAGAAUCCUCCUUCGCAUUUUCUUCGUUGUUCAAGAGGGAAAAUCUUUUUAUUUCGUUUACUGCAUUUUGCAUGUUGGCAUUUGUUUUUAUUGGUUUAUACCGAUUAAGCGUUGUACAUAAAAUAAAAUCGAUCAAACGAUGGGGAGAUGGUUUUGAGCGCCUUCCUUUGAAUGAUUUCGAUUCUAACGCAUCUGAUGAUGAUGUUGUUCUUGAUUCGACCAAGUAUCCCUUCAUGGGCCUUAUUAAACCAUUUCGAAUUAUUGCUUAA